AUGUCAACAGUUGAAGGUGAUGAAAAUGAAUCAUUAGGGAAUGCAUCGAAUUCUGCAGUAACGAAUGAAGAAACAAGUUCUAAUACAACACGUUCUGGUCCACUCAAUGAUUCUGAAGGUGGUGCAAAAGUUGUUUUUCUUCUUAAAGCAGCUGGUGGUGCACCAAUUUUAAAGAAAAAAAAAUGGGCAUUACCAAGAUCAAAAACUAUGGGUCAUAUUGUAGAAUUUUUAAAAAAAUAUAUGCAACUUGAUUCUCAACAACAACAACAAUUGUUUCUUUAUGUUAAUCAAUCAUUUGCACCAGCACUUGAUACAACAAUUGGAUCAGUUAAUGAUUGUUUCAGUAGUGAAGGAACGCUUGUAUUACAUUAUUCAUUAACACAAGCAUGGGGAUAA